UCAGUGUGAAAAAUGAGCAACUUGAUUGGUUUCUUUUCGAAGUGGUUAGAAGUGACUUCUGAAUUUAAUUGUAAUCUUGUUUCAUUUUGUUACUGUAUUUAAAUGAAAACAAUUGUUUUAUCGAAAAUACAUUGUUUAAUUUAACAUGUGCAAUUUAUUUGGAUGCAAUAUUAUUGUGUAUAAUGAUGUGCGUGUAAGAUAGUUGACUGACAUACUACCACUGACACAGUAAAAGUACAUACAUUCUAAAGAAUUUUUAAAUAAACAUUUUAUAUAUCUUUAUUAUACAAUUAAAAUGCAUGAAGCAUAUAAAAAGACACCUAUAUUAAAUAUAACAGUGCAAAUAGAGUCUAUGUUUGCAUAUGAUGACAAUUUAUUGAUUGGUACAAGAGAAGGACAAAUUUUUAUGUACAAUGUUCCUUCUAAAUUGGAUGAAACUCAUAAGUUAGAAUUAUUACGCCAUAGUAAAAAUUUUAAAAAGCGCAUCACUCAAAUAGCUGUUGUAGCGGAAUAUAAUUUAUUAAUUUUACUUUCAGAUGGCAUAGUUUCUAUUCAUGAUCUCAAUUCGUUGAAUUUCCAAUUAAUUUGUCAGUUGCAAAAAACAAAGGGAGCAACGUUGUUCGCUUUAGAUGUGAAGAAAGAAGAAAGUUCAACGAAUGAAAAAAAUACUGUUGUACGCUUAUGCGUUGUUGUUAAACGUAAAUUGCAACUGUAUCAUUGGAAAGGCAAAAAAUUUGAGGAGUGUGAUAAUUUUGAAUUAACAGUACCAGACAUACCACGUGAAUUAUCAUGGUGUGGAGAAAUUCUAAUAUUAGGAUUUCGUGGUUUAUCCUAUACUAUUUUGGAAUUAAAUGGAAAAGCUAAGGAACUGUUUCCUACCGGGAAAUCACCAGAGCCCAGUGUUACUAAAUUAUCAGAUAAUUCUUUCGUAUUAGGAAAAGAUUUAUGUUCUAUUGUCAUGGAUACUAAAGGAGAUUUGAAGCAGCAUAAUCCUAUUAAAUGGUCAGAUACUCCAAGUGCCAUAGCUUGGGAUGACCCUUACUUACUUGGUAUUGUACAUGACAGAUUAGAAGUAUAUACUUUGGAAGGUUGCUUACACAUUCAAACGAUCAAGGAUUUAAAUAAAGCUAGACUUAUAUGUAGAUGUAGGCAAGGCAAAGUCUUUGUAGCAUCUAUGAGUAGUGUAUGGUGUGUGAGGGCUGUUGAUGUAACUCAACAGAUUAGAACUUUACUGGAACAAAAUCAAUUUCAAUUAGCAUUGAAAUUAACAAGUUUAUCAGAUAUAAUAGAAGAAGAAAAGGCCAAACAAACAUACAAAAUACAAACUCUAUAUGCGCAUCACUUGUUUUAUGAAAAAAAAUUUCAAGAAGCUAUGAAUUUAUUUUUGGAACUUAGAACUGAUCCUUACGAAGUGAUAAGAUUAUUUCCUGACUUAGUAACGCCAUCGAGUAAUAGUCACGAGGUCAGCACUUCAGCAACGAACUUACCAAAACUUCCAAACCAUGAUUUAGAAAAAGGUUUAUGUGCAUUAAUAAUGUUUCUAACAGAUGUUAGACACAAAUUAUUAAGCGACACAAAAACAAAAGAUAAGGAUAAUCAUAAAGAUAAAAAUGUAAUGGAAAGUGAAAAAAAUCUGACUCCCGUAGCUACUGAGCAAUUGUUAAAAAUAAUUGAUACUACUCUACUGAAAUGUUAUUUACAGACGAACGAUGCAUUGGUAGCGUCUUUACUAAGAUUAAAUCAUUGUCAUUUGGCAGAAGCUGAAAAGACAUUACUUAUAUAUCAGAAGUAUCCAGAACUUAUUAUAUUAUAUCAAACAAAAGGACAACAUAGAAAGGCUUUAGAGCUAUUAGAAAAGCAUGCCAAAGAAAACGAUUCUAGUUUAAAGGGAACUGAAAGAACUAUCCAAUAUUUACAGCAUCUUGGCAAAGAUCAUAUGGAUUUAAUUCUUAAAUUCGCAGGUUGGGUUUUAGAAGAGGAUCCUGAACAAGGACUUAGAAUAUUUAUGGAAGAUAUACAAGAGGUCGAGCAAUUGCCCAGACCAAAGGUGUUGGAUUAUCUGCUACGUUGUCACAAAGAUUUGGUUAUAACAUACUUGGAACAUGUGGUGCAUAUAUGGGAAGAUACAAAUCCAUUAUUUCACAAUGUUUUAAUACAUCAAUAUAAGGAAAAAAGUCUAAUUUCUAUGAAUGAAAAUGCAACACCGGCAGAAAAAGAAAUAUCCCAUCAUACAAGACAGAAAUUACAACAAUUUUUGGAGAAAUCCGUGUACUAUACACCAGAGACAAUAUUGGUGCAUUUCCCGUUUGACUGUUUAUUCGAAGAACGUGCAAUUAUUUUAGGAAGACUUGGCCGUCAUCAACAAGCUAUAUCAAUAUAUAUUAAUCUUUUGAAUAAUGUACAAGGUGCAAUAGAAUAUAGCAAUAACGUAUAUGAAAGAUGUCAAAAUGAAGAGAAAGCGGAUAAACAAAAAAAAUCUGAUGGAGCAGACGAGGUUUAUGUAAUGCUUAUUAAUCAACUAUUAAAACCUGACAAUGCAGGAGCUCUAAUGGCCGGUUGUAAUACAAAUGUACAACGUAGUGCACAACCGGAUCCAGAAAUGGCAUUGCAUUUACUCGAAGAACAUGCUUCAAAAAUAAAUCCAUUAAAAGUUUUAGAAAUUCUACCGGAUACAGUACCGAUUGGUAGAAUAAAACGUUUUUUAGAAGUUAGUCUUCAAAAUAAUUUAAAUACAAGACGUAAGACUCAAGUUUUAAAAGGCUUACUUUAUGCGGAACAUUUGCAAGUACAAGAACAACGUAUGCAUUAUGAGUCACAGAGUGUUCUUAUGACAGAAUUUAAUAUAUGCCCUGCAUGUAAAAAACGAUUCGGCAAUCAAAGUGCAUUCGCAAGAUAUCCCAACGGAGAUAUCGUGCAUUAUUCGUGUCAAGAUCGUAAAGGAUGAACAAAUAUUGUAGCGAAAUUAUUACAGAUAAUAUACGUAUGUGUAUAUAUAUAUAUAUAUAUUUAUAUAGAUAUAAAAAUGCUCUUUUCUUUUUAUCAAGUAAAAA